AUGGCCGUCCGCUCAUCCUCUCAGGUUCAACACAUCCAGGAAAGUUCCCCAUGGGUCGACAUCUACACAGACUCCCCAACAAGCCCUCUUCGUGUGCGAUCAGUAACCCAACAUAUCAGUCUAGUCACGCCGCAUGCUCACCCGGAGCUCAAAAGAUGGCAAGACCCAGGUGGCUGGGGCGCUAGACACAUGAAUGACAAUGCCCCUUUCACGUUGUGGGAUGAAACAAACCGCCGAUAUCGUGCACCGAUGAGAAACGAAUUCGAGUGGAUUCAUCAGAAGUUCGGUAAUGGAAAGUUCUUAAAGUCUGGUUGGUUCAUCUGUAUUGAGACCGACAACCCACCAAAGCCGGUUCCCCUUACACUAGGGUGUAUGCCAGUGAUUUUUGUUAGAACUGGCGAAACUUUUUUUGAGCCGCUCCCCGAGGCGCCUUAUCCCAACCCACGACUGCCGGACCCUUGCCCUUACCUACGCUGGCCGCUAAUGGAAUUUCCCACAGAUGCGGACAGCGUCGCCUUUCUCGAAGCACUCGAACCGCUUGCCAAUGUACGUGCGGUUGUGCAUCUGCCUUCGUGGACUGUUGUGGAGCUCGAAUGUGGAGAUGGACGUGUUUACGAACCCCACUCACUCCCGGGAGUCAUCGCUGGACGUACAGCGCUCUAUCAUCAUUCACAACCCCGUUUCUACGAGACCACAAGAAAUCUUACCCGGGCCCAACACCUUGAUCCGAGUCAACAUGUAACCACCUUCGGGCCGUUACCUCAGGACCGUUACAAUUACCUUCAAGAGUCAUUUCUUUCUCCUGGCUGCCGAGUAGAGUCUGGCUAUGGCUUGCCAGGCUCCCGUUAUGAGUCAACGACUAGCGCCUCGUCUGCCGGAGUAAAACUCCGCAAUUUACGGGGAGAAGAGGCCCUAACUGUCGCAAACCACGCCUUCCUCUGUUCUGACGAAGUUUAUCAUCCAUAUGUUAACCACCAAAAGAUCGGAGAUGUGAUCGACACACGACCUGAGCUAGACAUUUCUCUCGUCAAAAUGACCCCUGCCGUGUCUGCGAAGUUCAGAAACACUUGUUAUUUUCAAGCAGAACCACCGCGGGCAUUGUUGGCAGGCGCAUAUAUCAAGCAAGGGUCGUGGGCUGAAGUGGACGGUAUGAGCUCAGGCUUGCUAAACUUGUGUGCAUUCGCGAGACGGGAUGAGAAGCCCGUGCGCCCGCCUGGACACCCCAAAAUUCCUUUUCAACAGUGGCAGUCAUUUACCCUGCGGGCAAUUUGGGGAGUUGUGGAUGGACCUAUUACUGACGGUGUCUGUGGAGCACCGAUUGUUAACUGCGAUGAUGGCGCAGUCACCGGGUUCUUCCAUCCCUAUGAUGGGGGAGAAAUUGUCUUAGUGCUAACAUUGAUGAUCUGA